CCCUUCGACACACAUCCCUCAGGUUUGGUUUCAGUGUUUGCUCCGACUGUUUCCUCACAGGUACUCCUGGAAAACAACAUGGCUCUGACAAACCCUAUGCCCAUGGGCCCAUGGAAGAUCACUGUGUACGAUCAGGAGUAUUUCCAGGGCAGGCGUAUGGAGUUCACCGCCUGCUGCCAGAACAUCAUGGAGUGUGGGAUGGAGAACGUCCGCUCACUAAAGGUCGAGUGUGGCGCCUGGGUGGGCUACGAACACUCCAGCUUCUGCGGCCAGCAGUUUGUCCUGGAGAAGGGAGACUACCCUCGCUUCGAGGCCUACAGCGGCAGCAACUCCUACAGAAUUGAGAGGAUGAUCUCCUUCAGGCCCAUCUGUUGUGCCCACCACAAGGAUUCCCGCAUGACCAUUUACGAGAUGGAGAACAUGACGGGUCGUCAGUUUGAGCUGUGUGACGACUACCCCUCCCUGCAGGCCAUGGGCUGGAUGAACAAAGAGGUUGGAUCCAUGCGUGUUCAGAGCGGAGCUUUUGUGUGCUACCAGUACCCCGGUUAUCGUGGACAUCAGUACAUCAUGGAGUGUGACUGUCAUGGAGGAGAGUUCAAGUGUUACCGUGAGUUUGGCUCUCAUGCCCAAACUCCCCAGAUUCAGUCCAUCAGGAGGAUCCAGCACUGAGAUGUGGAGCACCUCCUCAACUGCCCCGUUCCUUCUCCCUCUUCCUUACAUCCUACCCCCCCAUCGUGUUCCUUCUUUUUUUCUCUUUUUUUUAAAAUUACAAUGUAGGGAAGACAGCUGUAGGGAAUAAAAGAAGGAACAUUUGGAGCCACUUUUAAUAAAUCAACUUUUCUUCUGUGAUGACAUCACUUUCAUCACCAGUGUCACUGUGUUACACAUCAGUACAAUGACCACUGACACCUUUAAUAUGUCUGACUACCUUCGUACAGGACGAUCAAUAAAGACAAAAAGCCAAGACCCUGACUGAAGCUGUUUUUGUACAUU